AUGUCCCCCAAAACCCUCCGCAUCGGCGUCCUCCUCGAGCUAGUCCAGCUCUCCGACAUCAUGGGCAUCGAUCUCUUCGGUAACCUCUCGGCCAGCUACUUGAACCAGGUCCUUCCUCUCGACCCCAAGUUUGGCGUCUUUACCCCUCACGCAAUGAACAUUGAGUUCUUUUACAUCGCCUCCUCCCUCGAACCGGCAACCACCACGCCCCCCAACGCCUCCCUGCCAAACUCCAUCGGCGGGUUCAGAUUCUUGCCCAAUGUGACCUAUGAUGACUGUCCGAGGGACCUUGACAUCAUCCUCAUUGGCGGCCCGCUGCCCACCCAUAGACCUGAAGCAGCGGACAGGUUCAUGAAGGAGGCCUGGGGCAAGACGAGGGUGUGGAUGACGACUUGCAUUGGGAGCUUGUGGCUGGCUUCGACUGGGUUGUUGGAGGGAAAGAAGGUGACGACCAACAAGGAGUUUUUGCCAGUGGCGCGAGCGGGAUUUCCCGGCACCGAGUGGGUUUACCAGAGGUGGGUGGUGGAUGAGAAGCCUUAUGAGGGGGGGGAUGGCAAGGGGGAGCUCUGGACAGCGGGAGGGGCGGGGGCUGGUAUCGACAUGAUUGCGAGGUAUUGUCUGGACAACUUUGACAAGGAGUUUGUCAACAUUAUGGCGCUUGAGGGGUUGGAGUUUAAUCCUGGAGGGCAGGCUGGCCAGUUUUACCCCGUCAAAGAAGGUGAGAGGAGGGUUAUUGUGUGA